AACUUUGUUCCACAAAUUACAGUUUAAGCCACCAAUUCAUAGUGUCCAAACAAUUGGGAUGAUUGGUUCUCUCAGUGGUGCUUCGCGAAUGCGAGCAAGUGGGAUUCAGCAUCAACAAAGACUUGGUCAACCUACUGAUAAAUCCCUACCUCAGUCAGCCACCAAUCAAACUUUAAAUACGCCAAAGUUCUCAAAUCCUGGAUUAUCAAGACCAACUUCCAUGCCUUCAUCAAAUGUCCCAAUAUCUGCACCGCAGAGUGCACAAUCCCUUCAACAGCAAUGGAUGUCUAACCAAGGAAAACAAACACUUGGAACUUCAUUUCCUUCCACUGCAUAUAGGCCCCAUACAAAGCAACAGUAUUCGCCACCAGUGGCUCCAAAUCUUCUACAGGUUUUGCCUUCCCAACAACAGCAGCAGCAGCAACAACAAAAACAACAUCAGCAGCAAUUACAGCAACAACAAAAUAUUUCCACACAUCAUUUGCAAGAUCUCCACAGUAAUAGGAACCAGCAAUCACUUCCACAGCAACAUCAACAAGCUCCCAAGGGUCAUGCUUCUAUAACUCAAAGGUCAAACAAUCAAUUAGGGCAGCCAGAUUUAGGUCAUUCUGGGUCUGCCAUUCCAGUAACUGAAGACACUCCUGAAACUGGUGAUCAGAUUCUCAGCAAAAGAAGCAUUCAGGAGCUGGUAGCCCAGAUUGACCCGUAUGAGAAGUUGGAACCAGAAGUUGAAGAAGUGCUCGUAGAGAUAGCUGAUGAUUUUGUUGAAUCCAUAACAACAGCUGCUUGCUUAUUGGCUAAGCAUCGAAGAUCAACUGCGCUGGAAGCUAAGGACAUACUUCUGCAUGUAGAGAGAAAUUGGAAUAUGACACUCCCUGGCUUUGGUGGAGAUGACAUCAAGUUAUAUAAGAAGCCUUAUACAACUGACAUUCAUAAGGAGAGGCUUGCAAUGAUCAGAAAGUCUGCAGGAAUAGCAAGUGACAUGGGAACUGCAAAGAAUGUUGCUGCUGGACAGGUUGCUGCAAACUCAAAAACUCAGGCAAUUAAGGCAUCUGCACCUUCAUUUACCUCUCCCAAAGGGUCAUGAGUCAGUAUAUUAAUGUUUGAGAUCAUUUUACUGAUAAGAGAAAAUUUAGCUAUGUUCACAUUGAUUUCCUAGAUGGCUUUGUAUUGCUCUUGUAUAAUCUGUUUGAUAGUCUCUUUCAUUUAGUCUUUAUUUGA